UAUUGACUGUAAAAUGGUUUGUUUGGGUUUUGUGAAGUUUAUGUGAUAUGUUUAUGAGGAGUAUUUGUUGGAACGUUGUGGUUACGAUUUAAUUUAUUGAAAAAUCGACAAUCGUUUGGUGCUAGAGUGUUAAUUGACAAAUAUGACUUCUUGUUGGUUGUUAAACAAAUGAUUUAUUGCUAAAUAUGGUGUUUUUAUCGCGCCCUUUACCGUUGUCCCUGAUAGCCAAUCAUUAAGGUAAUGAAUAUUGUGACCAUUGUCUUGUUCUUUGUGCUGCACUGGAGUGAAGCUGCAGACUGUCAACUGUCAGAUUACUGCUUGUGAACUUAGAAUGUUAAUUACAUUGUUCUUCUUGGCCAUUGAUUUAGUGCAGGUAUAAGAGAGAAUUUUUAAGAAUAAUAAAACAAAUAUCAACAAGCUACACAUUCCACAUAAUACUCGUAUAUAGUUAGUGUGUCCGUUCUAUGUCGAUUCUUGUUAAUACUGCUUUGGCUUUCAGACCACGUUAGGCGUGAUUGUUGAGGGCUAUCGGUUCAAUAAAUCAAUCCUAACAGAUACUGAGAAGCUCUUUCUAAAUAUAAAUUAAAGUUAUAUCUGCAUUGACACAGAUUAUAUUGCGUAAACCAUUUAAAUACCACGAAUGUUUUGAAUAGUCGAAUCUCAUUUAAACGUUUUGCGUUGUUGCGUAACUAAGAAAUAAAACUAAGAGCGCUUCUUGAGAUGUUUCUAACCGUUAAAAUGUUUUUGCAUUCCUGGCAUGCUGGUGCCACUGAUUUCUCAACAUCUCGUUUGUCAGUAGGUAUGGAGUUCGCGACCAUUCUGCAGCCAGACGGCUCCUCCCAGUACCAGUGUAACGUGUGCCACCAUGUCUUCAGGAAGAAAGGCAGUCUCGCCGAACACCAGCGUUUCAUUUGCGGUCAAGACCCCCAGUUCGGAUGUCCUCAUUGUCCCUAUAAGACCAAGCUGAAGAGUAACCUCAAGAAACAUAUGUAGAAAAACCCAAUUUCCUGUUGAUUCACGAUACCGACGGCAGUCUCCUCUACAAGUGCCUGUAUUGUCAACGAAGCUACAAGCACAAGCACACGCUAUGGAGGCACCAGCGCUACGAGUGCGGCAAGGAGCCGCAGUUCGCUUGUCCCCACUGUCCCUACAAGGCGAAACUCAAGGGGAACCUAAGCAAGCACAUCUAUGGCCAGCAUUUCGCUGACACUCUGGAGCGGGGUUUAAACACAACCCGAUCGUGACUCCUGGAUAACUUCCUUCUACUGACAAUUGUUCAAUUAAAACAAUCAUGUUAUUUAA